CUCGACAAAACCUUCACCGUCACCCCCAGCAAAGUGGACCCUGCACGUUGCACGCCUGACUCCUGCAUCACAGUGACCGUCUGCUUCGCCUACAACCAGAGCGCCGGUGACCCCACGUACAAGGAGAGGAUCACCCUGGAAUACACCCUGGAGGCAGACAAGGAGCGACACCCCCCCAGGGUGAGGUUUUUGGGGACGCACUCGGCCACGUUCCGCGGCGCCUUCCGCAUGCCUGACACACGCUGCGAGAGCAAGGAGCUGCUGCUGCUGGAUAACAUCCGUGACAAGCUGCACCCCAUCGUGCUCUCCAUGAACUACUCACUGGUGGAGCAGCCCCGCAGCUUCCAGCUCGGCCCCCACUCCCUCAACGCAUUCCCUGUUCUCAACCAGGACCAGUCCCACCAGAACGAGACCAAGGUGGAGUUCCAGAAGGAGUGCGGCUCCGACAACAAGUGCUACAGCAACCUGCAGCUGCAGAGUGCCUUCGUCACCGAGCAGAACCAGCCCCUGCCCAGGCUGAAUGGCACUCAGGUGCUGCACUACAGCCGGGACACACGCAAGCUGCACCUGAGCAUCAACAUCACCAACACCCCAACCUCUGCCUCCAAUGGGGAGGAUGCCCACGAGGCUCUGCUCAACAUCACGGUGCCCAGCAGCCUCCUGCCCUCCUCUGUCCGCCCCAGCGGUGCGUGCACCUUUGCGGAGACGGUGCUGUGCGAGUUGGGCAACCCCUUCAAACGGAACCAGAGGGCAGAGCUGAUCAUCACCUUCGAGGCCAUCGGCAUCACGCUGGACACGCGGGAGGUGGCGGUGUGGCUGGAUCUGUCCACGCAGAGCACGCAGGACGACCUGCAGCCCGUGCUGGCCCAGCUGCUGGUGGAUUACAGCCUGCAGUCCUCGCUGAGCGUAGCCCCCGCACACCUGCAGUCCCACUUCAGCGGGGCGGUGAUGGGCGAAUCGGCCAUGCGCAGUGAGCAGGAUGUGGGCAGCCCACUGGCCUUCGACUUCCAGGUGAUGACUAAGGGAGAGGCUUUGGGCACGCUGGGCACCAUCGUGCUGGGCUUCGAGUGGCCCUAUGAGAUCCCCAAUGGCAAAUGGCUGCUGUACCCCACCGAGAUCCGAAUCAACGGCAACGGCACCUGCAGCCCCCCCGGGGGGGUCGUCAACCCCCUCAACCUCACGCUGCUGGAGGAUGGGACCCCCACCCGGCACCGACGGGAGCUGGGGGGGGCUGAGCCUGGAGAGCCCCCCAUUACCUUGGCCACAGGCAAGAAGGCCAAGUCAGAAGUGCUGCUGAGCUGCUCCCAAGGCACAGCACGCUGCCUUUGGUUCGAGUGCCCGGUCCCUGCAGCGCAGCACCCCGCAACCUUCCGCGUCCGCGCUCGAGUGUGGAACAGCACCUUCAUCGAGGAAUACCGCAGCUUCGACCGGGUGAAGGUGGACGGCACCGCCACGCUGUUCCUCCGCACCCAUGUCCCCACCAUCAACAUGAGGAACCACACGGUGCGGUUCUCAGUGGAUGUGGAUUCGGAGCUGACGGAGGAGCAGCCGCCGCAGGUGGCGCUGUGGUUGGUGUUGGUGGCGGCGGCGGCGGGGCUGCUGCUGCUGGGGCUGAUCAUUGUGCUGCUGUGGAAGUGCGGUUUCUUCCGACGGGCCAGCACGCGUGCAAUGUACGAGGCCAAGGGGCAGAAGGCGGAGAUGCGAAUCCAGCCGUCGGAAACCGAGCGGCUGACGGACGACUACUAACGGGGGUGGGGGGGGGGAAACGCAGCCCCACUGCACCCCCCGGCGCCCGCGCCGCCCGCCCGUGUGACUUCUUCCAGCGGACUCGCUAUUACCGGGUGAUGCCCAAAUACCACGCGGUGCGGAUCCGACAGGAGCAGCGCUACCCGCCCGCCGGCCCCCGGCGCAAGAAACACUGGGUG